CUAUAAAUUCCAUCUAUCACCAUGCUUUUCUUUUCCCAGUUUGCUUUGCUUCAGAUCGAGUUCACAUCAACUCUGAUCUGAUCCUUCCCCAAAAACUCUCUUUUUCCUCCUCCCAAAGUAUUAAUUAAAUUCCCAUAUCAUUUUGCUUUGCUUUCUCAUCUAUCCAUGGGAUCUGAUUAUUAUUAUCAGCAUUGCUGCUGUUUGUUGGCGAUUAUUGUUGUGUUGUUGUUGAUUAUUCCAGUGCAUGGAGAUUCCUCGGACGAUCUGAUACAAAAGACUUGCAAGAACACAAAGUACUAUGAUGUGUGUGUUUCCUCUCUCAAAUCCGAUUCCACCAGCUCAAAUGCAUCGGACACCAAAGGAUUGGCUCAAAUCAUGGUUAGGGUUGGAGUGGCCAACGCCACCGCCACCAAAUCUUACCUCUCGUCCCUCAUCGCCGGCGGCGGCGGCGGAGGCGCAAACGACACCGCCAGUACUGCUACGGCGGCGGCGAUGAAGAAGGUGCUGAGGGAUUGUGCAGACAAGUAUUCGUACGCCGGCGAGGCUCUCCUGGCGUCGAUCCAGGACUUGGACGCUGAGAUGUAUGACUACGCGUACAUGCACGUCAUGGCCGCCGCGGAUUAUCCCAACGCUUGUCACAACGGGUUUAGGAGAUAUCCGGGAUUGGCUUAUCCGCGUCAGCUCGCCAUUAGAGAGCAGGGUUUUAAGCGUAUUUGUGAUGUGGUUAUGGAGAUGCUUCAUUCUCUUCUCUUGUCUUAACUCUUAACUUCAAUUCCAUCUCAUCAUCAUCUCCUCUUCAACAUUAUCAUUAUUAUGCAACUUUCAUUUCUCUGAUUCUCUCUCAUUUACACUUUCAGUGCUACCUAGCUGGUUUCAUUUUAACACUGUUGUAACCUACGCAAUUCAACUAAAUUCUUAUGGGCCUCAAUGGUAAAUAAAGCCCAAUACUGCGGCUAGCA